AUGUCCGACUCCAGCCCACACAGCUUCUACACCGAACUCUCAGAGCUCCCCGUCCCCACCUCUCCCCAGUUCGUCUCCUCAGACCUCAUCCGCGUAUCCUUCUCCGUCCGCGAUCACCAGCGCAAUCUCAAACGAUCCAUCCAAAAAACAUACUUCAUCACCCCCACCUCCCUCUCCUCCUCCCUCUCCCAAGACUCCUCCGACAUCCAAGCAUCCCUCAUCUCCCCCUCCAACGCACGCACCGCGGUCCUUCGGGAGCUCUCUGAGCAGAGUGGCAAGAAACGCUUCGUCGAGAUAUGGGCUGGUUCGCGUCUCGAGGCGUCCCUCCUAGUCACCUCCACACACGGGUCCUUUGCUACAGACGAAGCCUCCACCCACACUCCCUCCUCAGACCCCUACGCCAAAUUCCGCUUCACACCCAGCUUUGGCGAGACCCUCUGCACCAAGAAACGUCCUACCAUCUUUCUCUUCCGCUGGCGUUCCCCCUCCUCCAUCACCACACCCAUCCCCUUCAAAUCAACCCAGUCCAGCCCUCCCACACCCACGCUCUCCGCCCUCACCUUCGUCCUCCCCGCCCAAGACGCCUCCCCAGUCCCCAUCCUCCUCGCCCAAGCCAUCUUCGCCUCCGAAUCUCGCGUCUUCGCCACAGGCUACGAGCACACCCAAGACGGACGGCUGCUGGGUAUCAAAGGAUGCUUCAACCGUCCGACGGGGAUAUGGGCGCUCGAUAUCCCUCCCCAGGGGCUUGACCUCUCCCAAGGGCAAGCCAAACCAGAGGGCGAAAGCAAGGGCGGGGACAAGACAGAACUCACCUGCACCCUCCACCGCCUCACCCCCCCCACCCGCUCCCCCCGCUCCCCCCGCGUCCUCUUCGACCCCACGAGCGCAAGCCCAACCCGCCUCUUCUGGCUCUCAAACCCAACAGGCGGCGCCCACGCCUCGUGCGUCUCUCUCCACUCCCUCGCCCUGCUCCCCUCGGCGGAGGGAGCGGCGCCCGACCCCACCUCCUCCCAAACCCUCGUCGACACCCAAUGGGACCCAAAACCAGACGAAUUCCCGGGUUUCUACACCGAAUACAACCUCCCCGCCUCCCCCUUCCUCCGCCUCGGCCCCUCCGCGUCCGCGUCGUCUUACAUCGUCGCCCAAUCCUUGUGGCGCUCGCGUACCGUCGUUCUCCUCAUCAAUGUCGAUACUGGGGUUGUGCGGAACGUCACUCCCGGUGCGGGUGCGGGCGAGGAGAACGAGGAUGGGAAGGAGGGACUGUACAGCUGGACCGUCCUCACCACCAACCACCGCGACCUCGUCCUAUGCACGCGCAGCACCCCCACCACGCCCCCCGAAAUCAUGCUAGGCAGGUUCGACGCGAGCGGGGGUGUGGAGUGGAGGGUGAUUGAUAAGCCUGUGUUGUCUGACGAACUCCAAACCGCCCUCACCUCCCUCUCCACCUCCAUCCUCCCCAUCCCCUCCCGUUACCCCGUCGAGACCAUCGUGAUCAAGUCCAAAUCCGCUCUCGCCGGCGCGGCCGGGGAGGGCUUGAAGCCGUACUGCAUCACCAUUCCGCACGGGGGCCCGCAUGCGACGAGCACGACGGCGUUCUCGGCUGGGACGACGGCAUUGGCGCUUGAAGGAUACACCCUCUCCCUCCCGAACUACACCGGCUCCCUCGGCUUCGGCCAAACCCACGUCGACGCCCUCCUGGGCCGAUGCGGCGCGCUCGACGUCGAGGACUGCGUCGCCUCCGCGCUGCACCUCGUCCGCCUGGGGCUCGCGCAGGAGGGCAGGCAGGGCGUGCAGGGGGGGAGUCAUGGCGGCUUUUUGGCGGCGCAUCUCAUCGGCCAACACCCCACCCUCUUCACCGCCGCCGUCCUCCGCAACCCCGUCAUCUCCUCCGGCCAGCUCUCCAUCUCCGACAUCCCAGACUGGUACUAUGAGGAGUUUGGCCUGCCCUUUGCGCCGUCGUCCCUCAUCGAUCCCCCCGCGUACGACCUCCUCUUUCGCGCCUCGCCGAUCGCGCAUGUGCAUGGCGUGCGUGCGCCGGUGUUGAUCGCGCUCGGGGAGGACGAUUUGCGCGUGGCGCCGACGCAGGGCUUGACGUAUUAUCAUGCGUUGAAGGGGAGGGGGAAGGUGGUGGAGAUGUUGUGCUUUCCUGGGGAGACGCAUGCUAUUGAUGGAGUGGAAGCUGCAAAGGUGUCAUGGGAGGCUGGGAGGGAUUGGUUCAAGACUUUCUCCAAGUAG